AUGGCCAUUUUGCUCCUUGCAGCCGGUUGUGGCACACCAACACCGCUGUUAUUUGCUGAGCUCAGCAAGGAGGAUAAAAAUCAGACAGAGUUUCCUGUUGGGAUGACUGUGAACUACACUUGUCGGCCUGGAUAUGUGGAACAGCCACAGAUGUCACCRACCAUUACAUGUCUUGAAAAUCAAACGUGGUCUGAAGCCCAGGAGUUUUGCAAAUUGCUGCAAUGCCCUCCACCUCCAAAUAUUGACAAAGCAAAGCACAACAGCCAGCACCUGGACGUUUUCCCCGCUGGGAUAGUUGUGAAUUACAGCUGUGACCCUGGGUACAGCCUCCUGGGAGAGGAAUCCAUCAUCUGCACCGAUUCUGGCAACUGGAGCCUCCCUCUCCCUCAGUGUGCAGGUGGCUGUGGUGCACCUCCAAACCUCAGCUUUGCAGAGCUGACCAAGGAAUCCAAAACKAAGCUGGAAUUUGCUGUUGGUGACACCGUACGCUACAGCUGCCGGCCAGGACACUUGAGACGCCCCGGAAUGCCCCAAACUCUGACUUGUCUCCAAAACCACACGUGGUCUGAAGCCCUAGAGUUCUGUAAAAGGAAGCAAUGUAAAUACCCAGAAAGCCCCAAGAAUGGCAGAGUUGUUGUUCUGACAGAUCUCCUUUUCGGGUCAAGCGUGAACCACACGUGUGAUGAAGGGUACAGAAUGGUUGGACARUCCCACAGGAGAUGUGAGGUUUUGGGACGAGAUGUCGCAUGGACUGGCCUUCCUCCCAUCUGUCAGAGUAAGUAGGUCACCACCAGACU